UGAAAUGGGAAGCAAAGCACAGAUGCUUUGAUGUGCUACCAAAGCUUUGUAAUACCUUCCCUGCUGAGCUAGAGAAGAGUUUUAAUUUGGUUGCCCAGUCACUAUGAACAAUGGCCCAGCUAUACUACAAAAAGGUAAAUUACUCACCAUACAGAGACCGGAUCCCGCUACAGAUCGUGCGGGCAGAGGCAGAGCUGUCGGCGGAGGAGAAAGCCUACCUCAGUGCUGUGGAGAAGGGGGACUAUGCCAGCGUGAAACAUGCCCUGCAAGAGGCAGAGAUCUACUACAACAUCAACAUCAACUGUAUGGAUCCUCUCGGUCGCAGUGCCCUUUUAAUAGCCAUAGAGAAUGAAAACCUGGAGAUCAUGGAGCUGCUGCUGAGCCACAGCGUGUACGUGGGCGACGCGCUGCUCUACGCGAUACGCAAAGAGGUGGUGGGAGCUGUGGAGCUGCUGCUGAACUACAGGAAGCCGAGCGGUGAAAAACAGGUUCCAACCUUGAUGAUGGACACCCAGUUUUCAGAGUUCACUCCAGACAUCACGCCGAUCAUGCUGGCGGCUCACACCAACAACUACGAAAUCAUCAAACUGCUUGUCCAAAGACGGGUAACGAUUCCACGCCCACACCAGAUCAGAUGCAACUGUGUGGAAUGUGUCUCCAGUUCGGAGGUGGACAGCCUGAGGCAUUCCAGGUCAAGGCUGAACAUCUACAAAGCCUUAGCCAGCCCUUCAUUGAUUGCCUUAUCAAGUGAGGAUCCCAUUUUGACAGCCUUCCGACUGGGCUGGGAGCUGAAGGAGUUGAGCAAAGUGGAAAAUGAAUUCAAGGCUGAAUAUGAAGAACUUUCACAGCAAUGCAAGCGUUUUGCCAAGGACCUUUUGGAUCAAGCACGGAGCUCCCGAGAACUGGAGAUCAUUCUCAAUCACAGAGAUGAUCAAAGUGAAGAGCUGGACCCCCAAAAAUGUCAUGAUUUGGCAAAGCUAAAGGUAGCAAUAAAGUACCACCAGAAAGAGUUUGUUGCUCAGCCAAACUGCCAGCAGCUACUAGCAACACUUUGGUACGAUGGUUUCCCAGGAUGGAGGCGGAAACACUGGGCAGUAAAACUGUUGACCUGUGUCACCAUUGGACUGCUGUUUCCCGUGCUGUCCGUGGCGUACCUGAUUGCACCGAAGAGCAGGCUGGGACUGUUCAUUAAAAAGCCAUUUAUAAAGUUUAUCUGCCACACCGGCUCUUACCUGACCUUCCUCUUCAUGCUCCUGCUGGCGUCGCAGCACAUCGUCAGGACUGACCUUCACAUGCAGGGGCCACCUCCCACCAUCGUGGAGUGGAUGAUCCUGCCCUGGGUUCUAGGUUUUAUCUGGGGAGAAAUCAAGGAAAUGUGGGAUGGUGGAUUCAAUGAGUAUGUACAUGACUGGUGGAAUCUGAUGGAUUUUGCAAUGAACUCCCUCUAUCUUGCAACUAUCUCCCUUAAAAUUGUUGCCUAUGUCAAGUAUAAUGGUUCCCGUCCCAGGGAGGAAUGGGAAAUGUGGCACCCGACCCUCAUUGCAGAAGCCCUCUUUGCAAUAUCCAACAUUUUAAGUUCCUUGCGUCUCAUAUCCCUUUUUACAGCCAAUUCCCACCUGGGACCCUUGCAGAUCUCUCUGGGACGCAUGCUGCUGGACAUCCUUAAAUUCCUUUUUAUCUACUGUCUGGUGCUUCUGGCUUUUGCAAAUGGACUGAACCAGCUUUAUUUUUAUUAUGAGACCAGUGCCUCGGAGGAACCCAACAACUGCAAGGGGAUCCGAUGUGAGAAACAGAACAAUGCCUUCUCCACACUUUUCGAGACCCUCCAGUCACUCUUCUGGUCUGUGUUCGGGCUGCUGAACCUCUAUGUCACCAACGUGAAAGCCAGGCACGAGUUCACAGAGUUUGUUGGGGCCACCAUGUUUGGGACCUACAACGUCAUCUCCCUUGUUGUGCUGCUGAACAUGCUCAUAGCCAUGAUGAACAACUCCUACCAGCUCAUUGCUGACCAUGCAGACAUUGAAUGGAAGUUCGCACGGACGAAGCUCUGGAUGAGUUACUUCGAUGAAGGUGCCACUCUGCCCCCUCCCUUUAACAUUGUCCCCAGUCCCAAGUCCGUCUGGUACCUUUGCAAGUGGAUCCACAACCAGCUGUGCCCGGGUGAUGACUCUGACAAUGAACAGAAGAGGCAUGAAAACCUCAAAACAUUCACAGAACGACACGCUGACAACCUGAUUCAGAAUCAACAUUACCAGGAAGUGAUAAGAAAUCUUGUGAAAAGAUAUGUUGCAGCAAUGAUAAGGACUUCCAAAACCAACGAAGGCUUAACUGAAGAAAAUUUCAAGGAAUUAAAACAGGACAUCUCAAGUUUUCGCUAUGAGGUUCUUGACCUCUUAGGAAACAGAAAGCCCCAGAGGAGGAGUUAUUCAACCAGCAGCACAGAGGUGUCCCAGAAGGAUGAAACAAAUGAGGACGGUGCUGGAGAAAAAUCCAGAGCCAAGAGCGUGUCUUUCAAUGUAGCCAACAAAAAAAAGGACUUCAAUGUAUCUGCUCUGAUUAAAACCAUGUCUGGGAUCGAUAUGGUGGAAGAGAAGCCAAAAAGCAACGGGAUCAGUAAGCGCUCCUUUGUCCGAAACGGAAACAGAGUUCAGAGACUCUCCAGCUCCAAGAAGGAAUCCUUCAAGAGACUGGGCCUGCUUUUCUCCAAGAUGAAUGGACACGUACCUGAACCCAGUUCAGAACCCAUGUACACUAUUUCAGAUGGAAUUAUUCAGCCACACUACAUGUGGAAAGACAUUAAAUAUUCUCAGAUUGAUAGAGAGAGAGAAGAGAAUUGUUCCAGAAGUGAAAUUAACCUCAAUGAGGUGGCCUACAGUGGGAACACGAGACUUACAGGACAGAGCAAGGAAUGUCCUGUGGUUUGUGCCAGUUCCCUUCACUGUGCUUCCAGUAUUUGUUCCUCUAAUUCCAAACUUAUAGACUCGUCAGAGGACGUGUUUGAUUCCUGGGGAGAGGCCUGUGACUUGUUCAUUAACCAGUGGAAGGAUGGACAGGAGGAUCACGUUACCACUCGGCUCUAAGUAAAACUAUCUUAACACUCACUGGAAAACCUACCCAAGAAUUGGUGUGCAAAGCAAACCCAACCCCCAGCCAUAACAGCAAUAGAACCUCCUAACAGAGCUCAAACCACUUGCAAUUUUAACAGCCAGACUGAUCCCGCAGUUCCUUCCUCACAAACAGAAUCACAGAAUGGUUUGGGUUGGAAGGGACCUCUGGAGAUCAUCCAGUCCAACCCUCCUGCCAAGGCAGGGCCACCUGACAGACCCUUCUCAAUCAAUACCCACCAACUACAGGCUCCAGUGCAGCCCGUUCCCCCUGCCUACCAUGUCCUCUGCCAGCAUGGCUUAUUUUAGUUAUUUGGGGGAUUUUUUAAUUUUCCUCUGCCAUUUAAAGCAUUUCCAUCUCAGCAGUAACUCCUAAGCCAGAAGAGAUGCUGUGCUUAGGGCUAAGAUGUGACCUGUCAAGGAGCUGGCCUUUCAGCACGUUAGCUAACAGAACACUGUGAUACCUUCAGCCAACAGAGCGAGAUGCCUUUUGACUAUAAAUAGUUGUUUUGCAGCAAGGGGGCACUUUUUGGUCUAGCUAAUUUUUUGGGUAUUGUACAGUUAUUUAAAAAAACUACUGAAUGUGUUAAUGAGGUGGGUCUGGGAACUAGAGGGCUAAGGAUCUUUGAGGAGCAAAAGACAGUAGCAGAUGCUUAAGUACUCUAUUUUCUAUCUGGUGAGCCCCAGAGACUGGGCUGACUCUAAAAACGGUUUUUUAAGAAAUCAAAUUUUAAUAUCAAAUAUUCAUUUCAAAAAAAGCUACCACAGAAACGGCUUCACAGCGGAGCAUAUUUUAAAAUGCCAUUUCACUUCACUGGAUAAAAAAGGUGAGGCUUUUUUUUCCCUCCUCUCCUUCUUCUUUAGUUUUGGUCAAAAACUAAAGUUUUUUCCAGGCAAAAGAGCUAUUAGAUGUAAGAAUCUGUGUAUGCAAAGACAGAGUGGCAACCUCAGCAUUUGCCAGUGAAGUGGUAAUAGCCACCUCUGGAGAAAAGGGGGAGAAAAGGGCAAGAGCAAAAAGCAAAAACAAAUGCUUAGUUUUAUGUACUUUUCUACUUGCAUCUCUUCCAUCUGUAGUGCAGAAUCCAUGUCAUACCCUCGUAUAACCUGUACAAAAUGAAACAAUGUACAUAAUAGAUAAAAUUAUUUAUUUUAUGUGUAUUUUUAGCUUAACUGUAAACUGGAAAAAAAAAAGGCAUUUAAUUUUUUCCCAAAAAUGUAAGCCUAUUGAAAAUCAAGGUGUUUCUACCUUUUCAAGAUGUAACAUUUCCAGCUGCCUAUUGAUAAUAAACAUUUAUG